UUUGCUCAGCGGUGCUCACGCCUGCUGGGCGUGGGGCGCGGGCCGGGUGCUGCGCGGGGCUCCGGGGCUCCGGGGCGCUCGCUCCAGCUGCCGCUGCGGAUAUGUCGGGUCCGCGCGCGGGAUUCUACCGGCAGGAGCUGAACAAAACAGUAUGGGAGGUGCCGCAGCGGCUGCAGGGCCUCCGCCCGGUGGGCUCCGGCGCCUACGGCUCGGUCUGCUCGGCCUACGACGCGCGUCUGCGCCAGAAGGUGGCUGUGAAGAAGCUGUCUCGCCCUUUCCAAUCCCUGAUCCACGCGAGGAGGACCUACCGCGAGCUGCGCCUCCUCAAACACCUGAAGCACGAGAACGUGAGAGGGCGGGCCAGUGGUGCAGGGAUUGAACAACCGACACUGCCCGGUGGGGGCGGGAGCGAAGUGGGAGGGGAGGGGCCUUUAGGGGCACGCCCUCGUGUGGGCGGGGCCCAAACCAGUGGGGCGUUGCCUACAGCUGUGCUGUGGUCCUGCCCUCGGUUCCCUGCCCAGGUCAUAGGGCUUCUGGACGUCUUCACGCCGGCCACAUCCAUCGAGGAUUUCAGCGAAGUGUACCUGGUGACCACCCUGAUGGGCGCUGACCUGAAUAACAUCGUCAAGUGCCAGGCACUGAGCGAUGAGCAUGUUCAGUUCCUCGUCUACCAGCUGCUGCGUGGGCUGAAGUAUAUCCACUCGGCAGGCAUCAUCCACCGGGACCUGAAGCCCAGCAAUGUGGCGGUGAAUGAGGACUGCGAGCUCAGGAUCCUGGACUUCGGGCUCGCGCGCCAGGCCGAUGAGGAGAUGACUGGAUACGUGGCCACACGUUGGUACCGGGCGCCAGAGAUCAUGCUGAACUGGAUGCACUACAACCAGACAGUGGACAUCUGGUCCGUGGGCUGCAUCAUGGCUGAGCUUCUCCAAGGAAAGGCCCUCUUUCCAGGCAAUGACUACAUCGACCAGCUGAAGCGAAUCAUGGAGGUGGUGGGCACACCCAGCCCUGAGGUUCUGGCAAAGAUAUCCUCGGAGCAUGCCCGGACAUACAUCCAGUCUCUGCCCCCCAUGCCCCAGAAGGACCUCAGCAGUGUCUUCCAUGGAGCCAACCCUCUGGCUGUAGACCUCCUUGGAAGGAUGCUGGUGCUGGACAGUGACCAGAGGGUCAGUGCAGCUGAAGCCUUGGCCCAUGCAUACUUCAGCCAGUACCAUGAUCCUGACGACGAGCCGGAGGCUGAACCCUAUGAUGAGAGUGUCGAGGCCAAGGAGCGCACGCUGGAAGAGUGGAAGGAGCUUACUUACCAGGAAGUCCUUAGCUUCAAGCCUCUGGAGCCAUCACAGCUGCCUGGCACCCAUGAGAUUGAGCAGUGAGGCCUGAGGGGAGGCCUGGGCCUGCCCCCUUUCCUCAGCUUUCCAGUUUUCCUCAAGAGGUGCCUCUCAGGCAGCCCUGGCACGUAACCUGGGACCCUUUGCCUUGAGAAAACGCUACACAUCUAACACACAUGAAUGCACGGAUGUGUACAUAUGCCUGCCAUUAUGUGUUGGAGUCCAGGCAGUAGUGUUUUCUGGGCCUACCUUGGUCCACCCAGGUUCUCCUUGGAACCUGAAUGUGUCCCUGUCUGGAAUCUCUUCUGCUCUGAAGACUCUGGAUUGGGAGGAAGGCAAAUGGGCCAUGGCCCCCGAAGACUCUGAGGGGGGUGGGAGUCACAGUGGUUGGAGCAGCUCAACCUGGAAGUGAGUGGCUGAAAGCUGAGGCAGGGCCUGUGCCCACCACCCAACUGAGUGGAGUUUCCCCUGGGGGUGGCAAGGCAGAGACCAUCCAUCACCAGGUAUCUAAUCAGAAAAGCCGGCUGCAGCUUUGUGUCUGCCUGUGAUAUAUGGACAAAUGGGCAUGAGUGUAUGUUCCUGGUGUACACAUCAGAGCAUAUGCAGGCAGGUGCUGGUGUGUAUGAAUCUGUGAGCACCCAAAAGUCAGCAGCCAUUUCUGGUAGGGCACCUAAGAUGGAGACACUCUUGCCUCCCCUUCCCCAAGUUCCUGUUACCUAAUGGGUCUUGAGACCCAGUUGUGAACUAGACUAAGGCUCGGAGAGAUGCCAAGAUCCAUUCGUUUGAGCCCAAACCAGGACUUUUCUGCUAGGGUGUAGGAGCUGCUGCAGGAUCCUGGGGCACAAGGACACAAUGCCUGCUGGGAAGCUGAUGAAGGGGGGGGGUCUAAUCUCAAGGAUGCUAGGUGGGCAGCGCCCAUGAAUAUGCACUUGGACAGUCUUGCUCCUGGACCUUGAUUCAAAGCUGACAAACGUCUGUGCACAUUCUACCUCCACCUACCCUUGUACCUCUGCAGCUGGUGUGGGGUGCUGUGGUCUGUGGGGCAUCCCUCAUCUCCCCUUUCCCCAGAGAGGAGCUGACCAAGUAACUUUGGAGGUAGGGCGCUGUUGGAAGGCGGGCUGGCGGUGUGGCUCCUCCCCGAAGAGAUGAUGAACUUCUGCUAUCAGGGAUCAGGGGGCUCUGGAUGUCAAGUGCCUGCACUUAGUGUGCACAAUAAAGGGGUUUCCCUGUUG